AUGGAGGGGCACAGCUCCCAUAACAGCAACGAAGUCGCCGACAACCGCGCCGCCGCCAUAUCACCAUUGCCACCGCCUCCAGGGCGUGCCCAACAUGACAUGUACAUUGUCCAAUUCCCAAAAGACCAAGUCUACCGCGUGCCACCACGUGAGAAUGCAUUGAUCAUCGAAAAACACCGCAACCCACCACCAGCUCAGAAAAGGCGCGGUUGUUGCUGUCUCAGCGGCUGUUGCGGUUGUGGCCCUCGCAUCUGGCUUACCAUUGCUCUAAUCAUUAUUUCCAUCGUUGCCAUUGUUGGCAUAGCUAUAGCCAUCUUGUACUUCAUCUUCAACCCCACGGGACCCACGUUUUCUGUCUCCGAUGUUGUCGUGAAGAACCUUGGAAACAAGAACUCGCGACCACAGUACGAGGUUUCGUUGAGGGCCAAGAACCCGAAUCAAAGGAUGGGGAUUGAUUAUGCAAAUGGGGAUGUUUGGAUGCUGUUCGAGGAGACCAAGGUUGCCACGGGGAGGUAUCCGAUGAUGGAACAAGAUCGUAAUGAGUCCUCAACGGUGAAAGUUGAGUUAACUGGAUCCAACGGAGCGUUGCCAAAGGGUAUGAAUAGUGGCAUAAAAUCCAACAAGACACUUCCUUUGAAAUUAGAGAUGAAACUUGGGGUUAGGAUCCAAGCUGGUGGACUCGAAACGUGGACUAUGAAGGCGAAUGUGGCGUGUGAGUUUGAGGUUAGCGGUCUCGGGAGCGACACGCGAGUCUUGUCACAACAAUGCGAUACCAAUUUCAAGCAAUAUUGA